AUGCUGAAAGCGUCUACAUCAAUGAGUCGUUCUCUCGACAAAAGGCUCGAUAAGCAAUCGCAAUCCGACAGUCAAGAACUUUUUAAACCCGGUGACGUAAUUAAAGAGUCUAAUGGCACUACAAUACAACACACCAGUAGUGAUUCUCCGGACAACAAAACUUCCGAUAAAUUGGAUAGCCCAACAUCGGCUUCAACACCCAACGAUUCAUCCGAAAUGAGUUCACUAUCAGAAUCACCAUCCUUAUUGCAAGAUGAUUCAAAGCUUAAAAUGUCUAACAUCACAGCUACUAGCAUCACGUCUGAAGAAGAUGAAUCAUCGUCGAAAAUGGAUGAAUCCGAAAAUAAUCGAAUGUGUAAAAAAAGACGUUGGGAUGAGCGUGACCAUAAUGGAAAUGAAGACGACGGUAAACACGAUGAAAAUGAUAAACCACGGGUUGAAGUUCAAGAAGAUUUAAAAGAUAUUGAAAUAGAUUUUGUACAAUUGAGAGAUCAACUCUAUCGUGAACAAAUUCAAGAACUUGAUAAAGAAAUUGCAGAGAUAAAACAAG